AUGAUGAUGAAUUCGAUAGAUUCACUGAUAAGAACAAUUUCACGUUCAUUGACUUGUCCAGGAUGUGUCCAUUCAGAUUAUUUCACAAUGAUUCUUGACAUGGUUUCUCCAAACAUGAAAUUGAAGGUUUACCAAAACAAAAUAGUCAUUGAAGACCCAAAGAUGCAACAAAUGAUUGAAAAAACAGUUAAAGAUAUUGCUUCUCUCAUGCCAUUUGUUGGUGAAACAAUGUUUGCUAUUGAAAUCAUGAAUAACAUCAGUUUAGAAGUGUAUUCAAUUGACGAUAAGUUAAUCACAAGACUUGUUGACACUAAUUCACUUUUCUUUUACAAAUUUGAUAAGCAUUGUUUUGAUUUUUGUUUGAAAAAUAUCAAUUUGCUGAAUGAUCCAGACAAAUCAUUGAGAAUUUCAUACAUUGACAAAAACAUUCCUCUUGUUUUAGUUUCAAACAAAGCUAUUCAAAUUCCUUCAGAAGUCAUCCGAUUCAAUCAAAAUCCAAAGACCGAAUACGUCUGUGAUUUACGAGAAUUAAGUCAACAUGAGAACAUUGCAGUUGAUGAAGUUAUCUUCAAUCCUCCAGCUUACAAAUUCCAUCCAAGUUUAUUCAACUCGCAAGGUGCAGUUGAAUUUCUUCUUGAAUACUUGAGAGCACAUGAUAUCGUUUGUUUCCGUGAUAAUAAUAAAAUCGGUAUGUCAUGGCAAGAUGCACAAAAAGCAAGGAACAUUUUAGAAGAAGAUGUAGAAUUUCAUCCACCAUUCAAAACAUUGAACAUCAAGAAAGAUGUUUCUCUUUCAUUAGUUAUCAGCAAAACUAGUGAAAUCUCACCAUAUUGGGUUGUUGACAGUCAACGAAAACUUUUGAUUGUUCCAGAAAACGAAAGUGAAACUGCGAAAUCCAUUUUGUCUGAUUUUGUUUAUGAAAAUGAAAUCGAAGAUUUUGAUGACGUCAAAGUAUUUGGAUGCACCGAUAUAUGUGACAAUCCAGAAGAAAGUAAGAAUUACAUUGUUGCAUAUGAUGUUAAAAACAAUACAAGUCAAGCGAAACAUUUUUGUUUGACAUGUUUAGAAAAGUUUUUAGAUGAUACAUUUAAUGAGAAUAAAGGAAAUAAGUACAACAAAAUGCCACGCGCGAUCAACUUCGAAGGAUACUCACCUAUCGGUCAGAUGUUCUUUUCUCUUUCAGAUGACAAAGUGUUUGAUUUGAUGCAGCGUUGGCUUAAAUCAGUUAUCAUUGCUACAUUGCAUACAUCACCCGAAAAAAUCUUUUCCUGUCCAGAACACGGAGAAACAGUCUAUGAUUUCAACAAGAUCUCGGAAUGUCCAAUCUGCCAUAAGAGAUUCUGCAAGAAGUGCAUGACACACCACAACCAAGGUGAGGUUUGCAGGAAAAACUUAGAAGAAAAUCUUCCCGAAAAUGACUGUAAGAAGAAAUGUCCACGAUGCGGAGUUAUGAUCUUCAGAGAGAUAGGUAGCGAUCUAAUGACAUGCCUCUGUGGCGCACAUUUCUGCUGGCGUUGCAAAGCAUGCUUUAAUUCACUAAAUGAGUGUUAUGCCCAUAUCAAAGCUGUACAUUAUGGCUAUUAUUAA